CCAAAAACCACAACCAUGUGGCCCGAGGUGGAAGCCGUGAAGAGUGAAAAUCGGCGCGAGCUCAAGCUGACCGGUGCCAGCGUAUCGGAACGGAUUGUGAAAAACGGCGGCAGUCUGGACGAUGCGGUGUACCAGCUGUCCGCCCUGAACCUGCUGGACGUGAAUGACACACCACUGGAUCGGAUUUCACCACGCAUCGACAGUCUGACUCAUCUGCAGUCGCUGCUGCUGUAUCGAAACAAAAUUGCACAACUGCCGGCAACGAUCGGCCAGCUGGGCGAGCUGAAGGUGCUCGACCUGUCCGGCAACAGGUUGACGGAGGUGCCGGGCGAGUUUAGCAAGCUGCGCUCCCUGACAACGCUAAACCUUUCCUUCAAUCAGCUCAAGAAGUUGGAUCUUAGUGCGCUGGACCGGCUGAGCGUUUGCAACCUGUCCGGCAACGAGCUCGCGGAAGUGCCACAGUUCCACAUCGGCGAGGUGCACCAUCUAACGGAGGUUAACCUGGAGAAGAACAGUAUCGUGGCGCUGCCGGAAGAGCUUACGCGGCAGCAGAUACUGCGCGUGCUGAACGUGGGCGACAACAAAAUCGAACAGGUGCCCAAGUACAUUGCCAAGUGCGCGAAACUGAAGGAAUUUAACCUGAAGGGCAACCCGCUCAAGGAUAAACGUUUGCUAAAGCUGGUAGACCAGUGCCGCAGCAAGCAGGUGCUCGAUUACGUCGAGAAGAACGGGUACCAACCACCGAAGCAAACGCCCAAAGAGAAUCCAACCACCGUUAGCAACGGGCAGCAGAUGGUUCCACCCCCCAAUGGAGCGCCAGAGAAAGAGCAGGAAGAAGCUCAGCUUAAAAUAAUCGUCCGCAAAGCAACGGCUAGCGCACCGAAGGUAACGUUCACGCAGGAAGCACGUAGUACCCGUCCGCACAUCGUGCUCUGCAUCGUACGCUCGUUCCCGAUCGCGAACCUGAAAAAGUUUCUUCAGCUGCAAAACACGCUGCACGACACCGAGUGUAACCGGCGCCAGCUGGCCACCAUUGCGACGCACGAUCUGGCCAAAGUGAAGGGUGCGUUGCGGUACCACGCUGCACCGCCGGCUGAGAUUGAAAUCACCGCGCUUGGCAGCGCCGCCCAGGGUAAGGUGACGGCCGAACAGUAUUACGCCGACCUGUGCCACCAGGCCGAGCUGCUGCGCAAGGAAAAGAAGCGCAACACGUACUCGGGCGUGCACAAGUACAUUACGCUGCUGACGGCGAGGGAACUGUUUGCGUAUCUGAGCGACGAGCAGAAGGUGAUCAGCCUGCCGCCGCUAACAAACUGUGAUGAGACGAAGGUAUCCGCUACCACCACCGAUCUGCUGCUCGAGGUGACGAGCAGCGUUGGCCAUGGGCCGUGCGUGCGCGUCAUGAACGUGCUGCUGGAGCGUAUGCUGCUGAUGGAUGUGGAGGUCGUUUCCGGUGGGGUAGCUGCUGCGACCGAGCAGCCCCCAGCAGCCGGUGAGAGGAAGAAAAAAUCGAAAGCCAUCGCCAAAGAAGCGGCCGAACGGGUGGCAACGGUUCGGUACGAUCGAGCCGUGACGCUCACGGUGGAACAGGUGCAGCUGUACGACCACGAGGGUAAGCCGCACUCCGUGUUCCCCGGCAAGGGCGAUCUGUGCGGGGAUGAAGCGAAACGAAUUGUGGUGGAAAUGGCCUAAGGCAGAGUUUUGUCAAGGGGAUUUUUUUAACUUUUAACUCAUACUUACCGAUUUGCGAUUGGGAAUAAGAUUCUACCGGAUUAGCUUACAAAGUGAAAUUACUUUCAGUACAUAAAGAGCGACACACAAAUCACGACACGUUUUGAAUUUAUACACGGAUUUAUACAACUAAUAAAUGUUCUUUGGUUGAACUCAUGAA